AUGGUGAUCACCAUGAUGGAGAAGAUGUCUGAGAAGAUCGAGUCUGAGGCAGAGAAGGAGUCGGAUCUCUACGAGAAGUUCGAUUGCUACUGCAAGAAUACCGUCAAGGAGCUGGAGGAGAACAUCAUGCAGGCGGAAAGCAAUCCCAUCUCGCCUGCUGACAUCGAAAAGAAGGAGUCAGAGAUUGUCGCCCUUCAGCAGGAGGUGACGAAGUUGAAGGAUGAUCGAAUCGCGGAGGAGGAGUCGCUGAAAGCAGCCACCGCCCAGCGCGGAAAGGAACACGACCACUACGUGGAGGAAGUGUAUGAGGAGACGGAGGUGGUGCACAGCGUCGAUACCGCCACCCAGGUGGGGAAGGCACUCAGCUAUUUGCUCCGCCAUGGAGCGCCUGGCCGGUGGAUGGAGGAUGGUGACGUCCAGAUCGUGCAUGGAGACCGGAAGGCCAAUAAGUUCCGCUACAGUUUGCUCUGGGACCUAGGAGUUCUACUGGGGCGCCUUUUGCUGCUGGUGGCCGGCGGAGCCUUCAUCAGCUCUACAGACCUGUGCCUGGAGCAGUUGAACUCGAGCUUCAUAACGCAGUACGGCGAACUUAGCGCGUGGUAUGUCGUCGCAAAUAUCUACUCGACCGUCUUCGGCUUCUACACGGAAGUGCUGGUGCCGUGGCAGUUGGACAAGCGCGUGCCCAGGGCAGCCUUUUGGAUUCUCGGGUCCUGGGUCAUGCUGUGGGACAACGGUUGCCGCCUUGCCUGGCUGUUCCUCGAGCGAGCUGCCCGUGCUGCAGGGGAGGCUCCGAGCCGGACAGCGAUGAUCACCUGGGCCAUGGGGAAUGAUGUCAACAGCCUUCUCCUCGUCCCCCUCGCAUGUUCCUACUUCGCUUCUACGCGCCCGUCAGAGGAGUAUCUGCCUAACUUCGACUCCAUGGGGUCCGAGGAAUCGCGAGGCUCUACUGAGGGCUGGAGCUCUCCGAGAGGUUUCUCCCCGAUGGUCAUUUCAUGCGGAUUUCUUGGACUCGCCAUGCAGACGGAGGGCUUUGAAACAGGGAUUUGCACCUUCCAGGGGACUUCUACGAGCGUGAAAGAGACCUUGGAGAAGGAGGCGGGCUACGGCGAGGUCUUCCUGGCAAGGCAGAAGAUCUGCGCGGGCUCUGCAUCCGAACGUUCCGGGCGUCUUGCUGCAGUAAAGCGUGUGCGGAAGCCCAACGUGGAGGCAGGUUUGGACGAGGAGGGCGCCGACUCCGAGGCAGCUUUGUCGGAGUUUCGGACGGAGGUUGAGCUUAUGAAGUCCCUCGACCAUCCGUCCAUCUGCCGGCUUCUACAGGUCUACGAGGACCCCAAGAACUUGUACCUCGUCAUGGAGCACAUUCAGGGGGGAGAGCUGUUCAACUAUGUGGUGGAGCGGGGUCAACUCCACGAGCACGAGGCCGCUCGGGUGAUGCGUCAGAUUGCAUCUGCACUAGAAUAUUGCCACGAGCAGGGCGUCGUUCACCGCGACAUCAAGCCGGAGAAUAUCCUGGUGGUCGCGGAGGAAGAUGAUGAGUUCACCGUGAAGCUCAUUGACUUCGGAUUCGGCAGCCGGAUCCUGGAAGGCGUGAAGCUACGAGCAAAGGUUGGCACCUUCGUGUACAGUGCUCCCGAAAUUCUCAGAGGUGACCUUUGUGACGAGAAGCUCGAUCUCUGGGCUCUGGGCUGCGUUCUUUUCGUGCUCUUGUCGGGCGACUUCCCGUUUUACGGUAACGAUACGCAGGGCCAGAUCCUCUCGGGUAAGUUCGAGCUCGAUCAGAAGUGGUCGGGGGUGUCGUCGGAGGCAAAGGACCUCAUCACGCAGCUUUUGUGUGUGGACGCUGCGAAGCGCUUGUCGGCCAGCCAAAUCUUGCAGCAUCCAUGGCUUCAGAAGGCCGCUCCGCAUCUGAAAAUGGAAGCGGCGGCCCUGCAGCAGAUCGGAGGCCUCGAGACGUUCCACAACCAGAACGUUUUCCGUCACUUGGCGGCUGGCGUCCUCGCGAAGCAGAUGGACGAAGGGGACCUUCACGAGCUCCACAAGGCUUUUUGCGCCAUGGACAAGGACGAGAACGGCGUCGUCACCUUCGCGGAGUUCAAGGAGGUACUGAAGGAGUUCAAUUUGAACAGCUCGAGCCAUCCGGAGCUCCAGCUGGGUGCCGGGAAGAUCAGCGAGAUCUUCCACAGUGUGGACUUAGAUGGCCGUGGAGUGAUUGAUUACACUGAGUUUGUGGCAGCUUGCUUGGAUCACAAGGUGGAGCAAGAAGAGGGCAUCUGUUGGGCCGCUUUUCAGGUCUUUGACAAGGAUUGCAGCGGCACUGUGACGUACGAAGAGCUCCAGCAAGUCUUGAACAGCGCGAGCAUGGAGGGGACCUUCUCGCCAGAGCUGCGGAAGCAGCUUUGGCAAGAGCUCACGGGCGGCGACGACGACAACCAGUCGGCGGAUGUGGACUUCGACCACUUCUUGGCCGCCCUUCGUGGUGUGCGCGCACAAGACAUCAAGGAGCUGUCAAAACCGGCAGCGGCAGCAGCAGCUCCUGCGGCUCCCUCUUUGAAUGCGCUGCCCAUUGCCAGGCGGCAGCACGGCGCCGUGGCCUCCAUGGGUUUGCCGAUCAAAACCAGGGGAGCGAAAAUGGCUCCAUCCCUGGGCCUCCCAAUCAAGGCGCGUGGGUAG